CGACUGCUUUACUCCUGGCAUAUUCUAACACCAUAGCCUUAGAUGAUUAAUUAGAUCUAAAUCUAGAGAUUACCCUGCCCUAGACUCUAUCUUAGAAUCUAGAUCUAGUCUAGUCUAGAUCUAAUUGAUCUAUACUUUUAGAGUUUGGAUCUAAUAUCUAGAAUGUUACUGAAGUUUCUUGUACAUUGUUAAGUGAUGAAAAACAUUGCAAAAGAUGUUUCUUCACUUGACAUUACUUCUAUUUGUGAAUGGAUAUAUCCAAAUCAUUGCUGCAUUGUCAUUAUAGCUGGAUGUGAUUUUUGGGAGGACUGUUCAGAUAACGCUUUACAACUACUUCCACGAGAUAAUUUAGUGUUUGUGGGAGAAACACUCAAGAUGAUAUGUUCACCUUCAGAUGCUUCUAGCAUUGACAUUACCAGUGUAAGGUUGAAUGUCUCUAAUCAGAAAAACGAAUCCUGGAUGAUUCCUGAUCAGUAUUACAGCAUUGUUGGUUCCUCUCUCUAUGCAAAUGUCAUGGUGACUGAUAACUUUACAGAAUCUACAACAGUACAAUGUCUAGAUGUCCAGAACAUAAUUGACAGUACUUUUAUUUAUGCAGAAACGCCCCUUCAAAACAUUGAAAAUUUCACUGCUGUAUACCUUUACCAAGAUCAUAUCAGCCUGACUUGGGACUGGCCUAUGAAAAAUAAGUCUGAAAUCCUCCUAACAGUUUCCUGGAGUUAUUCAAAAACUUUUCCUGAAAACUUUACAAAUCCAUGUAGUUUGAUAACUAAGGAGGGUUGUAAAAUACUGGAAGUACAAAACCUGCAGUUCUAUCUAUAUGUUAAAGUGUGCUUGUCUGUCACAAAAAGUCGCCCUGAAUUGGAAUAUUUAACUCCAAGCUUCAACACAAGUCUCUGCUCUUCACAUACAGUCUACAUAUUUAACAAUACUAAAUCUGGCCCCCCUGUAGACAUGACAGUGUUGAAUAUAAAUAGCACAUGCUUUAAACUGUCUUGGAAGAAUCCAUCUUAUAUAGAGUACUGUCUGGAUGCAUGCAGUAGAUUUUAUGACAUGACUGUUAAAAAAGUUCAAUCACAGCAGAUACUUUUCAAUAUUUCUAAAGCGUAUAAUGACUCCUUGCUUUCACUGUGUGACCUUGAACCUUAUACUGAUUAUCAAGUACUGCUACGUUUAAAGAGAGAAGAAGUCAAUCCAUGGAGCAAUCCAGCUUCAAUCACAUUCACUACAGAUGAAGACAGACCUUUAGUUGGACCUCCAGUGUUGAGUACCAAUUACUUUGUCAAAGAUUGUGUGAAUGACAGGAAAACACUUUAUAUCUACUGGCAGACACCAUCCAGCAACUCAGUACGAGGUCAUCUAACUGGAUUUCUUGUCAAUUCCACACACCUUCGCAGUGAAGCUAAUUAUUUUAUGAUUGAUAUUGAAUGUCAGCAGGAUUACAAUGCUUCCAUUUAUUCAAAAAACAGUAAAGGAUACUCUUUAUCACCAUCAGUGGUCUAUGUACCGAGCAAGCAAAAAGAUUUUUCCAAAGAACUUCAGUUUAAAGUUGAAGAAACAUUUGAGAGCAUGUCCAACUCUUCUAAAAAUGUGAUAGUGACAUGGAAUUCCAGUUACUUCAGUCAAGAGAAUGUCAGCAUAGUGAUCUACAGUUGUGAGGAAUAUUUUAUUCCAAAUACUUGCACCAGUAACUACAGAUCUACAGAAGUUAGUUUAACAAAGGAAUCCCUGGAGUUAAACAAUACUAAUAUCAGCGAUGAUUUCUUUGGAUUUGCUUUGAAAUUUAAGAAUGGAGACAAGCAAGGAAUUAUCUGGACUGAUUGUGUUUUUAGAAAAGAAGCAGUACCUGAUUCUCCUACUGGCUUACAAGUAAGCCCUGGCUAUGAUGAGAACAGUUUACAAAUUACUUGGGUCUCAACACUAUGCAACAGGAAAACCUAUGCAUUGAUUGAAUACUAUACUGUUUACAUUUGUCCUACACAAGAUUUAGCCCAUUGCUCAGACUAUAAUGUGAGUAGCACUAAAGAUAGUUACCUAGCUGGAUCUUUAAACAUCAACCAGAACUACUAUGUUUACCUAAGAGCAAUGACACCCUAUCAGACUGGAAGGCUUUCUGGGCCAAAGAUGGGAAUGACAAAGUCUAGAGUAGAUGAUAUACCUAUACAAGGAAUUCUGUCAGGAAUAUUUGCAACUCUAGGAGGCAUUCUAUUCAUAUUUUGUCUAGUUUAUUUCACUCUCAAAUGUAAGAAGGGAUAUGGAGAUGUGAAAAAUCUAUUGAAAAAGAGUACUGAGAAUAUACAUGUAGACAAUAGUGACCAAACUGAAAUUGUUGCAAACAAUAAUAAUGGCCAUUGCACACAUGUAACAGGCAUUACAUCAACUUCAAACCAGACACUACAGAUAAGUAAUCAAGAUGACAGGGAAUUAGAUAUUAACACAGGGGACAGAAUAUCAGACUCUGAAAGUGAUAACUCAUCAAACCAGACACAAAGCUCAACAGCAGGGUCGUAUCAGCAAAUGGACUGCCAUCAUUCUGGGGCUCCCCAACAACCACAGGAAACUAAUGUUCAAAACUCAAAUAGUGUUUCCAUACACAAUUUUCAAGUAGGGUGUGUCCUGGAUCAACCCUAUUUAAGUAAUCAACCACAUGACAGAAAUCAUCCAAUCAGCCUAGAUCUUCAAGUAAGGCAUAGCUCUGAUCAACCUUAUAUAAGUAAUCAACCAAAUGACAGCAGUCGUAGUGAGGACCAUGAAAGUGAAACAGAUAAUGAUCUACAAAAUGAGAACACCAGUCCUAACAGUCCACCGAGUGAUUAUGUUAGACAAUGUUAAACAAUAGUUUCCUUUCUAAGUUCUUAGACUACUUUCUAGUAUUGGUGCACAAGGGUUAGGUUAGCCUACAUUAUUUUAAACAUCUUGCUGUAUGUCUGAGCUUAAGCUUCACUGAGAUGGUUUGAAUACUUUUUAAUUCAUGACAAAAUUGUCUGUUAAGUCAUUCUAGAACUUUUAGACCCAUCCACAACAUAUUUCAAGUACAUUUAUGUGUGUGACUCAGCAAGAUGGAUUGAGUUACUGUUUAUAUUGCUUGAGUAUAAUAAUAAAAUGUAUUGUAUUCCAUUCUGAUCUUAUGAUGGAUUGCAGUAUGCCAUAAUAGAUUACCAAUGCCUUUGGUGGAAUCAUUAUAUGUCUAGCCCAUGUCACAGAGCGACAUAGAACUUUUAUCUUAUCUUAUAAAAUACAGAUGUUACUUCAAAAAAAGAAUAUUAUGUCCUAUGCGUGUCCAUAGUUUAAUCUAGUAGAGCCUUGAAUAUAUAGAUUUUUGUUUGAAAAUCUACAAACUUAUACUUAUUGAAUUAGCUAUCACACUAAAUACUUAAUUACAUAAAUAGAAAUAAAUAACUGAUCUUAUUUAUUGCAAAAAAAUAAUUGGGUAGACUGUGUUAAUCAUCCUUUCAAAUUUUGAUUAACAUUUUGUCCCAACAAACAGAGUAUAAAAUGUAGUAUUUGAAGAAACUCUUUCCAUCUCAACUCUUGGAACUCCAUUAAUUUGUGUAAGUGUGUUGGCUAGCUUUUUUAAUAUUGUUUUUUGGGUUAAAAUGAAGGCACAAGUUGCAGCUGGCUUGAAAUUACUGAUAUCAAAUACUGAAUUACUCAAUGUUGGAUUAUGAUUUACUGUAAUAUAAUUGUUCAUUGCAUCAAAAUAUUGCAUUUUUGAAGUAACACUAGAAAAGACUAUCAUGACCAUUUUUUUGUUUGUUUUUCAAAGUUCGAUACAGAAAAAAACAACAUGUGUUUGUUUCCUUAACUCAGGGCUUUUGAAAAUGGCCUGUUAGUUGCUAAUAUUUAUAAAAAUGUAAGAUAUUCAAAAGUUGUGCUUUUAAGUUUUUUAAAACAAUGUACCACUUUUUUUAAAUGACUUAAUUCUCAAUGGCUCUGGUAGAUUAAGUUAUGGAAAAAUAGAUGCAUAUUUCAACUGUUAGGGCGGGUCUAACUUCAUUUUAUUAUCUUUACCUGUAAAUUUUUCUUGUUCUGUAUACUCAUUGUACUCUUCUUUGAAAUUUUUCUCGUUCUGUAUACUCAUUGUACUCUUCUUUGGAAGUAGUGUUACUUACAUUUUUUUAAGCUCUUCCAGGUCCACCACAAUACCUUGAAAUAGUGACGAGAAAAGUUGAUGCUGUUCUUGCUCAAAAUAACCAUUUAUUUAUAGAACAAUGAUAAUAAUCUCCACACAUUAGUUCUCCACUAAGUCUGGUUUAAAUCUUGACUGUUUUGUGUUCUGUCUUUAUGAAUAAAAUGUGCUACCUUGUUUGUAAUCUCAGUUCAAAGAUGCACUGAGUGCCUUGAACUGUAUGCACUGCAGAAGUGAACAUACUUGCUAACUUUGAACGUUGUUGUUUUAAUUACUCAUUAACAUGAGAAGUAUUAUUGAAAUGUUCAAGUUACAAGUGUGUGCUUUAUUUGAAGUUUGGUUUCUACAGAACAUUUGAUACUUGAAAACAUGUUCAAUGUAAAUUUGACGUUCUGAAGCCAUUUCUUACUUUUUUUUGUAUCAAUGAAUUAUUUAAGUGCCAUAUUUUUAUGUUAUGAUUUUUGUAUUGUUUGAAUCUUUUUUUAUAAGGUUUACAUUGUAUGUAUAUAUAUAUAUAUUUAGAGAAAGGCGUAGAUCUUCUCAUUCCAUUUGGCGCUUUUGAAAGCUAGCUAUGUAGAAAUCUGUCUCCAGCAAUGUCUGCAGCCUCUUACCAGCAUGUUUCUACUGCCCUGAGGUCCUCCAUGAAGGUGUGGCACCCAGUUAUACGAGGACAUUCCUGUCUGCAUUUUCCUUGUAUAGGCCUCCAUGUUAUUACUGCUCUUUAAGACAUGAUUCAUUUGCUGGAGGACAUGUCAGGCAAACCUCAUGCAACCCCCAGUCACAACCUCAUUAACUAAGUCAAGUGCUGUUCAGCAUAGGAAAAUGUGUAUUUGUGACUGAUCUAUUCAACUCCGAAAAUCUGUCUUUGCCACUUCUGCUGAGCUUCAUUUAGCCUUUUAUAUUUUAUUUUAAAUAUAUUCACAUAAUAUAGUUUAAAUAUGUCUCUGAAUGUUUCUAUAAUGAAAAUUUUAUAUUUUUGUAAACUAUAGAAAUUAAAAUAAAAAUUAUGAUAAAUCUGUUAUAUAAUAUAACAAAGCCAGGAAAUAUUUUUUUUUAUUUUGAUGAAAACCAAUUGUAUUGUGUGUACAUAAUGUUGUUUAUAAUCAUUGAAAACUAAGUACCGGUAUAAAUGGUGAUUCAAAAAAUUCAUUUUUUUGUUUCUUAUCAAUAUUAUCAUUUGUUAAAUUUGUUUAUGAGUGUGUUCUCAAAAUCUCAUGUGUAUUAAGUUAUAUACCUAUGUAAUGAAAGUAUAGUGAAAGCAUUUCUCAUACAUAUAUGUAAAUUGCUGUACAUUUCCUGGUUUGUAAACUUAUAAGAUAAAUUCCCCUUAAAUAACAAAUAUGUUGAAUAUAACAGCAUUUUUUUUUCACAGGAAAUAAAUUACACAUCUGUAUACAGUAAUAAAUAGUAUGUAUAUGUAAACAAAAAAAUUCUUGCUUCUAUACUUUACUAUGGACUGUCUAAUAUUGAUUAUGGAGACAUCAUUUUUCUCAUUCCAUGUAUCCACAUAACAAACUAUAAUGGACUUCGUACAUGAGUGAGAUGUAAACAUUUUUUGAUACAUUAUUUUUUUUUAAAAUAAGAACAAAUCUGGGAAUGCAAAUAAGACAGGUUGAAAUUUCAAUAAAAUAAGGAUUCAUUUCUUCAAAUCAAAGUGACAAAAAAGGUCUUAAAAAUAACUGGCUACUACAAGUGCCAGUAAUCAUAGCUAGCAAUUAUCAGAGAUGGGAAUUUUCCUGAAAUUUCAUGAAUUCUUUAAAAUUUGUUGGGCCCAUUAUUAUUUAUAACUGGUUAAAUAAAUAGAAAUGUAGCUCAAAGAAUUUUUAAAAAGUCAAUGGACCUCAUUCACCAAUCGUAAACAAACAACAUUUAGCCACGUGGUGCUCUAUCUCUUCUAUAUAAUUUACGAUCUCAUGUUUAAUUCAUGAUGGUUGUCACGUGACAUAUUUUUUCAUUAUUUUAUAAAUAAGAUCACGUGACUAAAUGUUGUUUGUUUACGAUUGGUGAAUGAGGUCCAUUAUGUUUGAUGCCACUUGGUUUAUAAAACACACCACUUUUUUUAUAGUUGUUUGAGAAAGAUGUCACAAUACUAGUCAAAGCAUUAAUCUAGACUGCCUGGAUCAAAUGUAAAGCUCUAGAUGUCAAGUAAAUAAAGAAAUCAAAAAGUUCUAUCUAAAUUUAAAAGCCUUUUAUUGUGUGUAUGUGUGCAAUAAAACAUUCAAUAUAAUUAAUUUGAAAUAUUUUUCAGAGAAUUCAGCAACUCCUUACUUGGGUUGCUGCGACAUGCCAGUUCACAAAGAGGGGUUUAGGACCUUUCCUGAAAGUCUUUUCCCAACACUGAAUUAUUUUGUGUCCAAUGUCAUCCUUUUUUUUUUCAAA